GCUAAUCUUGUCGUCUUGAUUAUGACCGUCUUGACUUGACCUGAUGUCAAGAUAUCUAUAACACCGAUAAUUAACUUACUGUCAUGGGGGCCUGGUCAUGGUUCAAGGGUCUUAUUGUAGUGCAGCUUCUGCUGGGAUACAUUUUCCUGGCCAGUGGCUUUCUGGUCAGCUUUCUCAUGCUUGUUGGAAUGGUCAUUUGGCCAUUUAGCAAGACGCUCUACAGAAAAUACACAAACUUCCUGUCCUAUGCAUUGUGGAGUCAGUUCUCGUUCCUUGCGCACUGGUGGUCAGGCGCGCAUUGUGACCUGUAUAUAUCUCCUGAAGACCAGCAGAUGUUGGGCAAGGAGCACUGUGUGUGCAUGGUGAACCAUACAUACGAGAUAGACUGGCUCAUGGCCUGGAUGAUGGCAGAGAGGCACGGAAUGCUGGGGAAUACAAAAAUAUAUGGCAAACACAUACUGCGUUAUGUCCCCAUUAUUGGAUGGACCUGGUACUUCACGGAAAGCAUUUUCCUCCAGAGAAAUUGGGAUGAAGACAAGAAAAUCUUGGAGAAAUCCAUAUCUGAACUCGUCACCUACCCAGAUCCAUUCUGGGUAACUCUUCUGUUAUUUCCCGAGGGCACACGAUGGACACCUGAGAAGCAUGCUAUAUGCCAGAAGAUUGCCAAGGAGAAAGGCUACCCUGAGUACAAGCACAUGCUGCUGCCUCGAACCAAGGGCUUUGCCCUCUCCAUGGAACUGAUGCAGGGAAAAAUUCCAACAGUGCUAGAUGUUACGGUGGGUUUCCCCACUGACAGACCAGAGCCAAGCCUGAUGGACGCCAUUGCUGGAAAAAAAGUCACUUGUGCAAUGAUUGUCAGGCGCUAUGCAAUUAAAGACAUCCCGUCCACAGAGGAGGAGGCUGGCAAGUGGCUUCGGGACAUAUACAAAAAUAAGGACAACGAAUUGAUACACUACAAGCAGACUGGUAAAUUUCAAGGUCGCCCAGUGAUAGAGGUGCCCAGGCGGUACUACGAUAUAUGCUGGUACAUCUUCUGGACUCUAUUAACGUGUGUGCCACUGUUCCAGUACCUGGCCUUUGUCGUCCUGUCCGGAUCUGUGAUGCACAAACUUAUAGUCAUGGCUGUGAUAGUGGCAAUGGUGUUACUGAUGAAAUGGAUGAUUCGAUUCACAGAAGUGAAACAUGGAACAUCUUAUGGAUUGGAGAAAAAAGAAAAGAAAACACAAUAAUAUAGGGGCAUUUGUACUUUUGAUAUUUUGUUUAAGAUAUUAAACUUUUUUUCUACCACGCUUUCCUUUUCAGGGAAUUCAUUGAAUUUAUGAUUUUGAUCAAAGGAUGUGCGCACAAAUUAUUGACACUGAAGGGGGGAACAAUGCCAUUGUCUUUCUUUGUUUUAAUUUUGUCAUACAUCACGUACAUUGUAUGUUGAUAUUGUUUGGAUAUAAUACAAUCAAACUAUUUAAUAC